UCUCUCUGAACAACACAUAAGGUAUUUUUUUAAAAAAAAAUAACAGUUAACAUUUAAUUUCAACAAACUUGUUCAUGUCACAUGAUGACAGCAUAUACUAUGUAUAGCAUCGCCCCAGGGCUCUUAUUUUCCUGUCAGAUCAUCUCAGGCGUGCCUACUCCGUAGUGGAUAAAAGAGCAUUGUAUGCUAGACCCAGUGCUUAUAGCUGCAUUGAUACACACUGUUGUCUAAAGGGGUCUGGAACAGAAAGCAGUGAACCGUUAUCACUUCUGGAGACUAAACGGCAAAGCUGAGGCAAAGUGUUCAGGACUACACUGUCAGUGAUUAGGGCACUUCAAGUGAUGUGUAUGGUGAAAUCCACUCUGCUGCAUUUAUCUACAGGCGUGAGUUUGUUCUGCCAAAUUUCACAGCAUGUCGGCUACCUACGAAGAGAGUCUGGUGUCUGAUGAGACCACAGACAGUUUCUGGGAGGUUGGGAACUAUAAGCGUACAAUAAAGCGCAUCGAUGAUGGCCACCGGCUCUGUAAUGACCUGAUGAGCUGCAUUCAGGAGCGUGCCAAAGUAGAGAAGGCCUAUUCACAGCAGCUAACAGACUGGUCUAAGAGAUGGAGACAGCUAGUGGAAAGAGGGCCACAGUAUGGGUCAGUAGAGAGGGCCUGGAUUGCAAUGAUGAAUGAAACUGAUAAGUUGAGUGAGCUUCACCAGGACAUAAAGAACAUUCUCCUAAAUGUGGACUUGGAGAAAGUGAAAAACUGGCAGAAAGACUCCUACCACAAGCAGAUUAUGGGAAGCUUUAAGGAGGCCAAAGAGGCAGAGGAAGGCUUCAGAAAGGCUCAGAAACCAUGGGCCAAAAAGCUUAAAGAGGUGGAGACAGCAAAGAAAGCGUACCAUAUGGCCUGCAAGGAGGAGAAGCUUGCUAUCAGCCGAGAAGCCAACAGCAAGGGAGAAGCAUCAUCUACCACUGCAGAGCAGCAGAAGAAGUUCCAGGAGAAGCUGGACAAAUGCAAAACCGAAGUUCAGAAGGCCAAAGAGAAGUAUACGAAGGCUCUGGAGGAGCUGAGCAAUUGUACGCCACAGUAUAUGGAAAACAUGGAGCUGGUGUUCGAACAGUGCCAGCAGUUUGAGGAGAAGAGACUGGCCUUCCUCAGGGAGGUGCUCCUGGAUAUCAAACGCCAUCUUAACCUCACAGAGAACCAACGCUAUGGCACAAUUUACAGGGAGCUUGAACGAGUCAUCACCUCUGCCAGUCCUCAAGAAGACCUCAAGUGGUUCAGCAACAACCAUGGUCCAGACAUGCACAUGAAUUGGCCACAGUUUGAGGAAUAUAACCCAGAACUGAGCCAUGCCAUCAGCAAGAAAGAAAAACUGAAGAAGAUUGAUGGUGUCACACUCACCCAUGUCACGAAUGUUGUGGAUCAUCACUCAUCACCGCAGGUUGAAAACCGUAGCAGUGUGAGCAGUUAUGAAAGGAACCAGGCAUACUCAGCAGAUUGGUCAGACGAAGAGCAGGCAUCUGCAGAGACCAAUGAAGACACCAACCCAUUUGAGGAGGAAAGGAGCCAAGGAGUGCGAGUGAGGGCACUGUAUGAUUAUGAAGGGCAAGAACAAGAUGAACUCAGCUUCAGAGUAGGUGAUGAGUUGACUAAACUAGAAGAUGAAGAUGAUCAAGGCUGGUGUAAAGGACGGCUGGACAACGGUCAGUUUGGACUGUACCCAGCCAAUUAUGUGGAGCCUAUUUAGUUGCCUUGUGUGGGACAAUGGUCUUCCUUCUAGAAUGACCUGAAAGAUUGUACUGUUCACUGAACAUAACCAGAGACUCCAAUCACUUUUCCUGAAAAACAGAACCUUAUACAUUCACACUAUAUCCUAACAAUUGAAGAGAAGAAUAAGCUCGAAUGUACAUAAAGUGUACUGUAUCUGUUGUGUUCAACUACACAAUAGAUUUGGGUUAUCAGAAACAAAGCAUUUCCAUAUGUAAUGUAAUUUCGGCAGACACAAAGAAAGUUUUCACAUCCCUGUGUGUCUGUAGCCUGUUCUUCAAUAAGAUAUUGAUAUAAUGCAGUCCAUGAAGCCUAGCAUAGCAAGGCACUAAGCAAUAUUUAUAUUUAAUUAGUUUUAGGUCUUGUAGUGACAGUCUCACUAUUGUCCCUUAUUUUAUUACUUGUCUGGGUUAUAACUGGGUUAUAAGGCAUUUAUAUGUCCUUUUAUCUCUUAUUUAUUGGUUUGCUAAGGUCCCUGUCAGGGGUGUAUAUGAUUGUGCGAUGUUUUUGUCUCUAUGUACUACAUAUGAAGUCACAGAUGUUUUGGUGUGUGUUUGUGUUUUCACUUCACUUCUACCUGGAAUGCAGCCUGCGCUGGUAUUAGCCACCAUAUUGCAGCUGGAUUGUGAAGCUCUGGCACUGGCAUUUAGCAGUUUGGUUCAUGUGCAUAAGUUUGUAUUCCUUGAGUGCUGUCAUUGAGUCCUUCUGGACUAAUCAAAAUCUCAUAAGCACUGUUUUUGUAGCAAUCACUUCUUCAAUGACUAAUUCAUAGUCUUACGUGCUUUAUGAGAAAAGUUUCAUGUUAACAUCCUCACUGACUAACAAAGUAAUAAUCUCUUUAAUAUAUACCAGCUGUUUACAUAUUUCUAAACGUAACUAACAUUACAGUCCUCAAGGAAACCUAAACUACUUUUUGCCCAUUUUAACAAAACACCUGAGCUGAGUGCCUAAUAACAUCGCAAACCAUUUUCUCUCUGAAUAAUAUCCUAUAAUGUCCUCAUGACUGCUAUAUCAUGACAUUUGCAGUGAUAUGCAUAAAGGACAUAUGCAUAUGCCUUAAGGUAAUACAUAAUGGGUAAUAUGUAAAGGUAGAACUUUACCUAAACAAUGGCAGUGCACUUUGCAAUGAGUAAAGCCUAGCUGGCAAUUUAAAUGAUAAUUGCCUCGAGGGUUUAGUUGGUAUUAGCAAAGUUAGCACUUCUGUGUAAAUACUCCUUUCAGGAUGUCUGAACCUUCUCUUUUCUGUUUGGCCAAUAUUAAGGGCAUGGUAAUGGGAACACCAGCAUGAUCUGAGUGUGUUUAAGCUCGUGUUUAAUCUGAUUUACUUCUAAUGCUGGUGUAGUGACUGUUCAACUGUUCAGUUCAAAAUAAAAGCCUAACCUGUCAUGAA